AUGAAAGAAAUCCCUAUGAUCCUGCUCCAACCCUCCCUUUCAGCCGGAAUGGAGCACCGCAACCCCGAGACCAGAGUCUGCUUCCGAUGCCAUAAACCGGGCCACAUCAAGGCCAACUGCACAGCACCUCUACCGCCGCCGCUGCCGCCGCUGCAGCUACCACCUUUACCUACAGCUCUGUUGGCCAAUGACAGUGCAACGUUCCUGGCCCGCGUUACGGAUGCCGCUCUUGCCAGAUACAACAACGGUGAGGGCAACAUCAGUAACGUUGUGGCCGCGAUACAGGCGGCUCUAGCCUGUUCGAGCCCACGCAGAGAUCCAGGACGGCGUGUUACGAAGGCUAGCGAAUACCCAACGGCUGGCAGAAGAGGAGGUCGCAAUCGAGGAAGGAGAAAGGAAAAGAAGGGCAGGAAGGCUGACGGGAAGGGUGGCGAUCGGACUGGGGAGGAGAGAGAGUCACUGGAUGGGCGUAUAGGGUCGACGGAGAAGGAGGUAAAGGGGAAGAAACGGCUGGAUGUUCAGCUCGAUGGCAAAGAGGCCGCGCUUUAG